AGAUUUUUGAAAUUUGUUCUGUUUUGUUUUGUUUUUUUAAACACCAUAACCACUAUGGAGAAGAUCCUUAGCCUCCAGCUGCAGUAUAACCUGCAAAAAUGUGAAAUCAAGCUCCCGUUGAUGAUUUUCCGCUCUCCCUUAGACGUCACAGGGGCUGCGCGGUCGAAUUACAGGCUUCUCUAAGAGAAGCAAUGUUUUUUCAUAAGCAUCAAUUGUGCCUAAUAAGACCCUUUCGUAGUGAUAUCUAAUUGCAAUUUUAUUUUGUUUAAAGGGAUAUCAAAAGCAAAAAUGUGCUUCUUAAAAACAACUUGACUGCUUGUAUAGCAGACUUCGGUCUGGCUUUGAAGUUUGAAGCUGGAAAGUCGGCAGGUGAUACUCAUGGCCAGGUAAGGGAUUUUAAUUUAUUUCUUACAUUUCUUAAUUUGGAUAUCUUUAGACACUGCAAGUUGAGAGUGGUGUUAGCUUCUGAAACGUUUGGGUAGGAUUGGUGCUUGGUGACCUUAGCUCUGUUGGCAAAGUAUCUCUUCAGUAUGUGCUUGAUGAUUAUUCUUUGAUAAUUAUUUAAGGUGUGCUUCUGUAUUUUGUGAUUCCCAUAUAUAAUGGCAGAAAACAGUAGACAUCAGGACUAAGCUGCGUUUUAUCACAAAGCGAGGAAUUGUGGAGGGUUGAUAGGGGAAUUGCAACUGGAAAAAAUAAUGUGGAUUACAUCUCCCAAAAUGCUGGCAAAAUAUCAGGGGAGAUGUAGUCCCCAACACCUUGUGUGCCAAACGUUGCCUACCCCUGCAAUAUAAGGUGAUGCCUGAACAUCUUUGUAAACGUAGUCUGCAUUGAUCUGCAAUGACAAGGUUAGUCUGCACAGCCUUUAUUGAAAAUUAUUUCUUUGCUUUGUGUUUUCAGGUUGGUACCCGGAGAUACAUGGCUCCAGAAGUACUAGAAGGUGCUAUCAAUUUCCAGAGGGAUGCAUUUUUAAGGAUAGAUAUGUAUGCAUUUGGCUUAGUGCUCUGGGAGUUGGCGUCAAGAUGCACCGCUUCUGAUGGUAAUUUUUUCCCUCCUCUAUAUUUUUUAUUUUUUUUAUUUCACAGUUGCUUAGACUUUGUAAUUUUAAACAUGAAUAAUGCACACCUUCCAUACCACAGUGAUCAUUUUGAAAAAGGCCAAAUCUGAUUGUUUAGUACUUUAAAGGAGCCUGUUAAAACUCCCUUCAACUUCCAAUCCAGCUCCUCGGUGUCUUUACAGAGGUGGGUGUUCUGUAACAGCCAUCUUCUUUCCAUCCGGUCACCUUUUCAAUGUACCCUGUUCUGCAACUGCAAAACGCUGGCUUAAUUUGCCAGCAUGCUGACGUCUGAACUGAGCGACAUCCAUCACGCAGUUCUUGUAAUUCCAAGUCCGCCCUAGUAGCAUAGGCUAUAUAGGGAGUUACCAUAGCAACCACAGGGCAUGUGCUAUGUGCAAAGCAGGGCGACUGCCUGUGGGAGGUAUUUUUUUGCUCUCACAUUUCAAUCCAUUCUUUGGCAUAGUCUGUGCUGAAAAAUUUACACUUUCCUUCCACCUGUCGAUUAAUAAAUAUAAUUUUCUCUUAUCUAUACAUUUGCUAGCAAAUCUGUUACCAUAAUGUGUAGAUAGAAUUGCAUGCUCUUUUAAAAGAGCAUAAGUUGUUAAUGGAAUGACAGGUUCUCUAAAAGUACUCCAACCUGUUCAGUAGAUUUGGUUAUAUUUGAUAGCUUUGGGACAUAUAGAAUGUUACAUAUAGAAUGAAGGAAAGGUUGCAUAAGAGGAAGGUUGUGUUUGAGCUUCCUGUUUAGGUAGCCAAAGCUCUAAGGGGUCUAAGUACCCUUGAGGUGAACUUUGUAGAUCCAAAUUGCAAAUUCAGAUAGUUCAAUUCUAGUUUAAUUUUGAAGUUCUAUAGCUACACUGGGUUUGAGCUCUGCAGCCAUCCUGGUGUUUAAUGUUCCCGAUGCUGUGAGUUUUAAUCAGAUGACUUUCUGCACUCAGAAGUCCAAUUAGAACAGUGGUCUCCAACCCAGUCCUCAUGGACCACCAACAGUCCAGGAUUUAUGUAUUUCCUUGUUUUAUUCCAAUGGAGAUACUGACAAAACCUGGACUGUUGGUUAGCCAUGAGGACUAGGUUGGAGACCACUGAAUUAGAGAGUGAGUCUGCACUCAAGCAUUGAGACACUUUUUAAAAAGGUUAAUAUUUGUUUUACAAAUAGUUUAAAAUAACUUUAAAAAUGUCUGCAGGUCCUGUGGAUGAAUAUAUGUUGCCAUUUGAAGAGGAAGUUGGCCAGCAUCCGUCAUUGGAAGAUAUGCAAGAAAUCGUAGUUCACAAAAAGAAAAGGCCUAUAUUAAGGGAGUGUUGGCAGAAGCAUGCAGUAAGUACUGAGCUAAAUCUACCAAACCUAGAUAGGCAUUGGCUUUGUUGUUUGUAAGCAGAUAUACUCUAAGUUUCCUCUUUUCCCACAGGGGUUGGCAAUGCUCUGUGAAACAAUCGAGGAAUGCUGGGAUCAUGAUGCAGAGGCCAGGUUAUCGGCUGGGUGUGUAGAGGAGCGAAUCAUUCAGAUGCAAAGACUCACAAACAUUAUCACAACCGAGGACAUAGUAACAGUGGUCACGAUGGUGACAAAUGUGGACUUCCCUCCUAAGGAAUCUAGUCUAUGAUGGUUGCACCUGGAUGUGUUUUCCAAUCAACAGGACUCUGGUCUGGAGCUGCUAAGCUAAAGAAACAGCUUUCUUACAAAUUAAUGCAUUUUUCAUGUGGGAAAAAAUUGGAAUUGGUUGGUCUAUGAAUGGAAUGUUGGUUUGGAGACGAGACUCUUUGAUAUUGGUUUGCCAGACUUCUUUCAUUCCAUGCAAAUGCCUGAAGGGCACGUGACUUGCAACACAUUUUAGGAAUGAAAGAAAUAAAAAUGAAGUAAUGCAAAAAUGAGGAUCCCUUCUCUGGCUGAAAAGAUGCACCGAUUUUCUAAACAUGUCAGAAAAAGACUAAUACCUUAAGUGAACUACUGCUAUAUACAUAUAUAUAUAAAUAUAUAUAUAUAUAUAUUUUUUUUUUUUUUUUUUUUUUAAAUCAAAGCAUUUCAUUUCAGAUUUAAAAAAAGGGUAACUGUUUUUAUUGCAUUUGCUGUUGUGUUUAUAUCAAUGACUAUUGUAAUGCCAAUAUGACACAGCUUGUGAAUGUUUAGUGUGCUGCUGUUCUAUGUAUAUAAAACUAAAUAAUCAGUGGAACAUAUUAAAGAGGCUUCCAAGCAUACGUCAACCUCCCUCAACAAGGUAUACCUCAGUUCCACAAUUCUCUAAAUUAUACAAUUGAAAACACUAAGAAUUUUUAAUAAAUUGUUCCAUAUUUUUUCUUUUAAUAAUGUUUUAUAAUUUAGCUG